CAAACGCCUAACUUUUCGACAAUCUCUCACAAGGUUAAGCUCGAAAUAAGUUCGCAAAUUGCUCAAGGUCGAUAUUUUUCGGGAUGUGUAGAUGGUGAGAAGGCGUUGAUCGCUCGAAAUGUCUCUCUCCAGCACAAGAUCGAUUUUUUCGCGUACAAGCACCAACGUCAGGAGAAGUAAGAAAAGCACUGGACUACAUUUUUGAGGGGAGGCUUAGAUCUGCGAGACGCUCAGCGAAGUUUUAAGCACUACUGAAAAAGACAGAGUCUAAAGAUCGGACAAGGUUAAACGUUUACCCUGCAGUUCCUGUAGUAGCAUCGACCAAAAAGUAUAAAUAAGCCAGCUCAACAACCAAAGCGCCUGUCCUUUUUUCACUUUUUCUAUAUCGCUUUUGUCUAGUUGCACUAAUUUUCUACCGCCGCUUUCGAGCGAGCAUUCAUGAACACUCUUUCGAGUGCUUCUUGAAACACUACUUGACUUGACUUGCUUGACGGACUUUAUUUCUUGGAGUCAUGAUCUAAAGCCUUUUUUCAGCUUUUUUUCUUUUGGUGCAAGAAACACGAUCGUGGUACGGUUCUUUGUAGCAAAAGAUGUGAAGAUCCUCGUCAAGUUUUUUUUCGAUGGAUUAUAAUAUGCCAUGAUCACCUCGAGCUCGACGCAGGGUAACAAGAAACGCCGUGUCACCACUCCUGACAAGGAUCAUAGCCCCGUGGAGACGAGUAGAGCACAAGGAUCAAAAGCCAGACGAUCACCGAGCCCACGGAACGUAUCACCAGCAAGGGACGAUCAAAGCCACAGUGUUGUUCAAGAUUCUGGUCGAGUUAUGAAGAAAGCGGUGCAACCAACAUUUUCAUCCAGCAGUUCGUCAGCCGCACCCCCAAGCGGAAUCACCAGCAUGGUGACUGGUCCUGGUACAUCAACACCGACCUCCGUUCCUUCUCUUUUGGCGGGGAUGUCUGCCAGUAGUUCCUCUGCGCAGAAGAUGAACCAAGACAAACAGCGGCAGGAUGCGAGGUGGAUGAAGAUGGCGGUGGAGGAGGGCGAGAAGGGCAGACUUGUAACUGCCCCGAAUCUAUGCAUUGCAAACGUAUCUUACUAGUAGUAAUUGCAUUAGAGCGGGGUAACAAAUGUCCCGUUAACUCGCACCCGCGAGUUAGCCGUCCGCCCGGCCGGCCGGGCGGUUAACUCGCGGUUAGAAGUGUAGACAAAUCGAAAGGUGGCGCAAAUCUAACCCGAAGGCUCGCCAAUCCUCACUGCAGCAUGCUGACCUUUCGAUUUGUCUACACUUCUAACUGCGAGUUAACCGCCCGGCCGGCCGGGCGGACGGCUAACUCGCGGGUGCGAGUUAGUGGGUCAUUUGUUACCCCGCUCUUACAAAUUUGCUUAUCAUUACAAAUGACAUUUGUAAUGCUGUUUUACGUUAAUAAGGAGAUUUGUCAUGCAUAACAGCUGCACUUACUACGAGUACCAGUACGAUCCUUUUGCAAUCCAUAGAAUCCCUGGGUGGGGGUCGUGAUCGUGCACGACCCGACGCAGACGCUCCUCGGGGUCGGCCACCACAAAGGUCCCGGCACCCCGCACGCCGAGCCGAACGCAAUCGCCGACGCGGAGGGGAAUUUCGCGGCCUUGCUGCCGCGGCUGGGAAGUGAUAGUGAACGAAAGGAGGACAAUCACAAAGACAAUAUGUUCGAGAAUUGCACACUGUACUCCACCCUGGAGCCGUGCCACCGAGGCCCUGGGAAGCGCACGCCGCCCUGCGACGAACUGAUCGUCGCCAAGAAAAUUCCGCGGGUUUGCAUCGGCGUGGUAGACACGGACGCGACUUUCGGGGCGCGUAAAGGCAUCGCGUUUCUUCAAAAAAACGGAGUAGAGGUUUGCACCGUGGAAGGUGGUAUCAUCGACGAGGUGGAUGAGGAUGCUUGUAAGAGCUGCAUAGAUCAUGUAGAUCACGACCAGCAUCUUGACAAAUCGUCAUCUACUCGCCCCUUUCGCCCGGCGCUGGACUCCUUGCGCCCCUAUUUACAUCAGCGUGUAUUCGGGACGCCCUACGUAGUACUGAAAAUAGCGUGCUCGAUGGACGGGAAAAUCGCCUGCGCAGAUUCCACUUCGCAGUGGAUCACGGACGCUCCGGCCCGCGAAGACUCCCACCUAAGGUUUCGCGCACGCUCGCAGGCCAUGUUGGUCGGCAGUGGGACCUAUCUCAAAGACAAACCGCGCCUCAACGUGCGGGUACCUUCAAAUAGCGUGAACCAUGUAAAGAUGUUGAAAAGUGCUUCAACUACAAGUAGUGCGGGCGGAGAGCAGCAGCGCGCCGAACACCAAGACGACAAGGCUGGUCCAGGCCCAGUUAAAAAUCAAACACCCAUACUACAAUUUUACGACCCACUGAGGGUCGUGCUUGACAGUCGUGGGCGGCUAGCAACACUACCGGAUCCGUAUAUGCUUUGGAAAAAUUUUUAUCUUCGGUGGUCGAGCACUCGAUCUCUGUUUGUGCAUCGCGACAGAUGAUUUACUGCGUGUUCGCUUCUAACAAACAGGUUUACUGCUUUUAAAAUAAAAUGAAGUUUCAGUUUGACCUGACCACCUGGAUGAUUUUUUGUCCCUCGAUACGCGUAACGGCCGGAGAAAACCCGUGGCUGCUAUUCACACACCAGCCAAAAUCCACAUUCCCGGAACACAUCCAGCAGAGCGCCGAGAUCGUGUGUUUGCAACAAGAACGGGCGGGUGGACUACACAACUUGCAGAAGGAUCAAAGUUCUCGUCGCGAGAAUAUUAACAGCAUCAACCUCCAGGAAGUUUUACAGUUUCUCGGCAAGGAGAAGAAGGUUUUACAGGUUACCGUCGAGGGGGGCAGCGCGUUGCAGGGAUCCUUUCUCCAGGAGAAUUUGGUGCAAGAGGUGGCGAUCUAUCAGGGCGCAUGUCUUCUCGGCUCCUCGGGUAUCCCCUGGGCCACGGCUCCGUUGACGAGCACCAUCUCCGAGGCGCUUUUCUGGGAGUUAAAAGACGUCUCGCGCCACGGUGAGCGGGAUGUUUUACUGCAGUACGGGAACAAACAGUGGGCGGAAAAACUGGAGGCGGCGUUUGUCAGUGGAAGUGGUACGAAGGCGCCAACUACGUGAACAUUUUUUCUAGCCCUUCGUCUGUACUACUGCCACUGCAAAAUGCAUAGAGACUGACACAUAUCAUGACAAAAACCAUAUGUAAAACAUGAGCGAGCAGCACAAGCAGAUCCAGAUCUCUGCUUCAAGCAGACAAAACAGCUUGAGUGCUUUUCAUUUUUUAUGUGAAGACACUCUGGCAGCUCUGGCUACAUUCAUAAGCAGACCGGGUGACAUCACAGAUGGCCACCACUUAUCUCAUUUAUCUCGCCUCGUAGUCGUCACGUCCCCCCUUGGGCGAGAGAUUGAGAUUCUCCCUUACUCUACAGAAAGCGAAACUCGAUGAGAAAUCAUGAUGAUGAACGAGAAGCGAGGGAGGCAAUCGCGUGAUCGGAUCUGAGUGCCAAUCUGUCGUCGGAACGAGCGCGGCAACGCGAAGGCAUAUUCUCGUGAGAAAACCGUGUCUGAAUUGUCAGCAGGGAAAAAUAACCGCUUCGUGGAAUAAGAAAUUUUAACCGUAAUAGUUUAUCGACAGGACCACCAUCAGCAUUUCCAUCACACCACUUGUAACUCAAGAACAAGAUGGGCAUCAUGUGUGUUUCGACGUCUUCUGAAGCUUUCCGGUUUGGUCGUUGAGCACGCUUGCAAAAUAAAACUUUUCGUAUUCAGCGCGUUGCCAACAUGAUCAUGUCAUCGUACCUUUCGAGCAGAGCAGAAUGAGGGCAUCUGCACCCACCUCCCGCAAUCCGUCCUCGUGCUCCAUCCGCGUUCUCUACGGCCUCUGUGGUGAGGAGCGCGAGUUCGAGUUUCCGUUGCAAAAACUUGACCACGAGAAAAAUGGACGAGAAGGGGAAAAGCAUAAACAUGUUUACGAAGCGCCGCUGGUCCGGGCACUCCUUGACAAGGUGGCCGCUUGGCAGCAGGUACCUGCCUGUCUGCUGAGGUGGCGGGUGUACUGUGCUGCAAAAGGCGCCGGCGCACAAUCACGAGACGGAACAGAGGGUGUGAGCACAGAUGAUGAUGUGAACGAUCACGAGCACGACAGCGACAGCGUAGCAGACAGUACCGACAACCUGAUUGAAGGUCAUGACCAAGUGGUUGACAAUACAUGCCAAGAACCAGACGCAGACCCAGGAGAGGACGAGCCCAUGAGCAGCGGUAGUUUAUUCGGUUUUCACAAUCUCGUCCCUGUUGCAGCCCUACCUGCGGAUUCUGUUGGAGACAGGUUGAACAUCCGCAAUUACAAUCGGGAAGACGAGGAGGAACUUUUUGCGAACGUCGUCUACGAUAAGACCGUGGAAAAAAGACGGGAAACCAGGCUGGAUUUGCAGGGCGUGCGGGUAGUAUUCGCAGCAGAUAAAGUUGAUUCUGAUCGAGUGCGCGAACGUACUGAAUCUGAACACGGCACGACACGACCAGGACAAUGUGCGAGGGUAUUAUCCGAGCAGGUGGAGGAUCCAGAUGAACUACAUGAGCGGCCGCAAGGGACGAGCCUAGAAAGUCUCGGCGUUGACAUCGUGUACCAUUUUUUCCUGGCCUGUCCCUCCCUCGAAGACCUCGUCUGGGAUGAAGCGUUUCGAAGCAGCAUGAAGAGUUCAGGAUCAAAUAGGUCGAGCAAGACCUCCACCAGCCUUCCAGCUGCGAAGGAGCGAGAAGAAGAUCUUCGUGACUCCAUUUCUCCUCGUGGUUCCGAUGGAAAAAAUGAUGACGGCUUUGCGGGGACCAGUUGCAGUACUACAGAUGAUGAUGAUGAAAUAAGUCGAAGGGCCGCGGAAACAGAAAUGGAAAGAGCGGCCGCAGUGAUGGGCAGAGCCUUGUCGCCGACGCGUCCAUCGUCUAUUCUCUCGCUCGCGGUGUGGCGGCAGGUUGCACAGAGGGGGUUCGGAGGGUGCUGCGCGUUUUUGUUCCUGCGUCUGCACGAAGACUGCCCCUUUCUGGGUUUUGACGAAGAAAAGAUGCAGCUGACCGAUUUGCCGCAGUGGGUGCAACUACUAGAGGCCAACUGCGAACUGUACGCAGCACAGGAGUCCGGCCCAGCUUCGGAAGCGAAAACCUGGCGAAGGGCACGGUAUCUCAUCCAGACAAUGGCGCGUCGGUAACUAGUACGGGUUUCGUCGUAAAAAUAGUCGUAGUUGUCUAAUUUUACUACAACUAGGGAUAGUGGCAUUUUUGAAAUUAAUGGAGGUGAGGAAGUAGAGUUCUUGUAAUCGUACUUGUAGCCGAACUAAAUGUGAAUACUAGUAGAGCAGACGAAUUGAUAACAAGAAACAAUCGAGGAAUAGCAAUAGGUUUUUCGCAGAGCUUUUGGUUUUAGUGAAGCUAAAUGUAAAAUCCAAGCAGCACCAGUGAGGGGUGCCCCGUCGUAGUGUCAUUUUGAUUGAUAUUUUGAGCUUUUAUUUUGCCGGAUGGUAAUCUGCGUUUUGCUGGUAUUGAGUAGACGGCUACGCUACCAACAAGAAUAAAUGUAUACCUGCUACUAGGAAUCUUCUGGCGCCAGAAGCAGAACUAAGGAGCCGACUAUUUCUUCGUUGUAAAUGUAAGUGUAAUUAUUCUAAUUUCAAAAGAGACCGACGACGCUAUCUAAAGCGCCUCAUCAUCCCCAUCGCCAUGUUUCACGCGAUGAACAAGAUUUGAUCCGUUACCGUUUCCGAACUAAUACUAAACGAGAGCUUCACUUUUGCUAUGUUGUUCGCCUUAUGGUUAUGGAUGCUUAUAAAGAAACAAGAAGAACGUAGAGGCAAAUGUGGGAACACCACCACCG